AUGAGUACUAAGACGCCAUGUGUCUUGCCACCAUCAGAAAUGGAAAUCAGCAACAGAAUGUUGUCCGUAAAUGACAAAGGUCGCAAGUAUAAGGUUGACGUCCUGUAUGGUCCGACCAAAGUCUGCGGAGUCCUGAAACACCGCACGACGAGGGUCGAACAUAUCAAAGAGAAACUGGAAAGACUUGGAUUCGAGGUGAAACUCAGGCGGACUCUGGACUACGAGAUGGUGAUAUUCGCGUUCGAAGGUCAUACGGUUUUCACGUGCCUAGCAACUAACCUGUCGGUCUUGGGCUGUUCAACCAACGACCCCACGGCGUACAGACUGAUCAGCCUGAUGUUGGCCGAACGAAAUCAUGCCAAUAGAAUGUGUAAAAUAUUUAAAUGUUAA